GGAUGCUCGUUAAAUCCUUGGCCGGACAGGCGCUGUUUGUUUGUGAGCGUGGGAAAGUGGAUCUAAGGCUCCAUUAGAUAGGGGCUAUGAUGGUCGCUGUGUUCGGCUUUGUUAAAGCGUAUUGCCUCAGAGUAAACGCUGCGUUUUCAGAAUCAAACAGUCUCUCUUUGAGCUGCUCGACCAUUACAUUUACAUUAGGGAUUCUUCAAGCAAUAGGCUGUCAUUUUACUUUCAUCCCUUUACAAGGAAAUGUACAGUAUGCAGUCUGCAGACAAGUUAAGUAAUAUCCCUGUUUGCAAAUCUCUUAACAUUCCCCUGUACUCUAUUCUUCAAAUGUUACAAAAGUCUCAAUCUAAACUGACUGUGUUUUUCUCGUGAUGUUAUCUUUUUUUCACAGUGCAAAGCCCAAGCCGACUGCUGAGGUCCAUGAGAAUGGAGUAGUGAAGCAGAUACUGCUCAGGGUUAUGGAGGAGUCAACCUGGGAUAAACAACACUCUUCUGUUUUGAUGGAAACCCAUCAUGGAUUCCCUCAGAACCCUUCUUGCUACUUGGCAUAUUCCUCAUUAACUGUGUGUUUGAUGUAUGUAAUGCUUUUAUGAAUGUAUGUUGUCUCCAUCUUUGUCUUUGUGUUUCUGUAAUGCCAGGAUACAGGUCAGGAAGACCAAGAAAGUGACAGCGACAAUGAGGAUGAUGAUGAUGAUGAUGAUGACGACGUGUGUAACCAUUGGAGCCCGGUCUCAGCCGUUCAGUGUGUAGUGCCUUUGGAUCCACGCCUGUUAAUCUCAUAAUUAAGGCUGCAGGGAGAACACAUGCAUCAGGUAACGAGUGGAAGACAGAGGAGCCUCUUAAAGAAGAAGUUACAGUUUGCCCCAAAGCCAAAGGAGUGGACGUGGAUGCACAGGGUAGUGUUAACGGAAUCCCUGUGUUGGAGGUCGACGUGGAGUCUUUUGAGGAAAAGCCAUGGAGAAAGCAUGACUCGCACUUCUUGGACUACUUUAACUAUGGCUUUAACGAGGACUCCUGGAAAGCCUACUGUGAGAACCAGAGGAGACUACGCAUGGGGUAUAAGGUCAUGAACCACACGUCAGCCACUAAACUCAUGGUCCAGGAAUGGGACCUUCCCUGCUUUAGAUCUGACUACUCCUCCCCCAGCAACCACUACAAAUCAGCCUUGUCCAGUAGAAAGACAAGCGGCACCACCAAUGUUAUUGGAGGACAAACUGGAACCAUCAACUGGGUAGAGGAACAGAGACGUCACAAUAUAGAAGGAAAUAACAUCCAGGUGCUUUCCAAGCCAUCUGACGCUGAGCCUGCUCCCACUAAGAUACCCCCCUUCUUCCCCCCGCCUCCUUUCCCGCCUCCACCCUACAAUGUCAACUCCGCCCCUCCACUCAUUCCUCCACCACGUAAAUUACCUCAGCCCCUCACAGACAAACGCACACAAACAUUGCUCUCUGUUUGUGUGCCCUCUGUUCAGCAGAAUAGUUAUGCAAUAUAAAUGGAAAGGUUAUGGAUUGAAUAAUGACACUGCUUGAAGGUCGUGGGUCAGACAGACAGACUGGUGAGAGUCACUCUCGUGACAUCACGGGAUGUCAUGGAAAAAUGGCGUUCAACUAUGACACUCUAUCUCUUCCCCUCUCUCCCUCUCUCUAUCUUUCUCAUAACAGUAAUGUAUCUCAACAAUCGAUACCUCGAAUAUCCUUCAACUCUUGUCAAUGUAAAAAGGGCCUUACUUUCAUUGUGUGGGUGCAUCAUUAGUACAGUUGAGGGGUUUGAGGGACCAGAUGAAAGUGUAACCCAGAGAGUUGCAGGUGUAAAUCCCAUGCUGGGAACCCAUGAAGGACAGGCACCAUAAGUGGUAAUAAAUAACACUGCAUGUUGAAGGACAUGUUUAGGAUUUGGAGGUGAAUGCAGAUGGGUUAACAUAAACAUGUGAGUGUGUGUACAUUUGUGUGCACAUGGUCAUGAGUGUGCACUCUAUGGGUGAGUGUCUUUUUCCCCAGGUGUGUGUAAUUCUCUCCAGGUGUGUGGGUGCCAGUGCUGUCAGUCUGUCGGACUUCCUCCUCAUCGCCUGAUGAAUAUGAGGCAGAGGGCAGGAAGUCCCCCCCUGGCCUGAGCUCACAGCUGAGCGCAGGCUGCCAUCGCUUCAUCUUCAAAGAUUCCAAAAUAGCACCCCUCACACACUCCCAGCACCCCCUAAGUUCAAUGAGCCUGGUACCGACAUGUUGUUCAACCUGUGCCAAAUAUCCUAAUACAACCAAAAUAUCAAACAUCCUGUCGACCCGGCAAACCUGGCUUUCCUUCUUUAAGUUACAGGCUCUGCCUCCUUUUGUGAUGCAAAUGUUCAACAUGAUAAAAAUAGCUCCUGGAAGAAAAGAAAAGUGCAGAGCCAGCAGAUUGGAGGGAGAGAGAGAGAGCUUUGUUACUCUUGGUACAGUAGGGUCACAUUAGUGGUGUAGUAUUAUUGCUUGAUAGGGCCAGGUUUUAGUGUGGGGUUGUAUUGUCAUUGCAGGCCAGUCUGUGUAGUGAAGCACUAAGGGAUGUUGUCUGGAGCUCUAGUGUAGAACUGGUGGUACUGUUGAGUGUAGUUUGGCACAUACAUUGUGGUUAGUUUGACACCUGUACUGACUGAUAUGGCUGUGACGGUCUUGGAAUUUGAGGUUACGGUAAUUGGCCAGGCCAAUGUACAGACACCAAUAUAAUCGUUCAAGGAAAUGCAUAUGCUUCCUAAUAAAAACUAUUUGUAACAAGCCAUUACACUUCGUUAUCAUCAUGGCGUUUCAUUACUAUUAUUCAGGUUAUUACUUUUAAAUAUGAAUCAACAAAUUAAGAAAUGCCAGGUUGGGGAGGAUCUGUGGGAUUUUUGUAUCGACACAACAUCAGCGGAGUCAAAAUAAAGAUAUUCCUACCUUG